AGAGAAGCAAAGCUCUCUUUUCUCACAUAUGUAACCAUAUGUUGAUCUAUUGUUGUUUUUUCAUUUCUCUCGUUUUUUUGGUAAUUUUAAUGGUGAUUUAUAAUUUAAAUUAUAUUUUAAAGUUUAAUCAUGGAAAUGUUUAGUCAAAUUAUUGAGAAAAUAACAACCGAAGCUCAACAAUCUUCAGCUCAGUCAAUUGUAAAUCAAGCUCGUGAAAUUAAAGAACCGACAACAAUAGCAGCUUUUAAAGCAUAUAUUUUGGAUGAUUACCUGAAAUUGUUAUCUGCCUGCUUAUCAUCAAAAAACGCCAAGUUGAGACAAUUUGCUAUCAAUGGCUAUGAAACAAUUAUACGAGACAACUCUUUAUGGCGACCUGAUGUUUGUGAGAAUCACUUUUUCAAUCGUAUUAUUGCUAGCAUUGGAUCAAAAAUUACAAGUUGCAAUGAAAUAACUCAAAUCGAGCUUCUUAAAUGCCUUUUGGAAGUCACCUGUUCUCGAAUCUCUCAUCUUAGAUUCACUGAUCUUGUAACGGUUUCCGAUAUUUGUUGUUCCACUAUAAUCUCAUGUGCAACCUCAUCUACAGCAUCUCCGCUAUCACCAACAAACUCUUUCACCAGUUCAAUAACAUCUCAAUUGUCAGCAUUGAAAUCACCCUCAGACCCCUUUGGAGGAUCAUUUGGUUCACCAGUUAGUCCAAAAAUUACUGCAGCAACAGCAACAGCCAUUCAAUCAAAUAGAUAUUUUGUUGGCUACCUGAUCACGGAAAGUUCAAUUGAAUUGAGAGAUGCCAUUAAUCACCAGAUAAUUCCUCUUCUUGAUUCACUGACAACCAAGAUUCUCGAUUUGCGAAAACGAUGUUACUCUAAUGGUAAAGAUAAAAGCUCACGGACUCAAGUUACUAUUUUUUCCAUUCAAAUUUCAUUCCACCUUAAAUGCAUUACUGCGAUAUUGACAUCAUUGGAAAUUGAUAAACAAAUCGAAAAAGAUGUAUCCGAUUUUGUCUGGCAAAAGUUGGGACCAAUGUUGAUUAAGCUUCUGAAUUUAAAUAUGAGUCGACUUAAAUCUCCUAAAGUCAAAAAUGUGAAAAAAAGUCGCAAAAAUUCCAAAGAUUUGGUUUUUGGUCGAGGAGCCGAGUGUUUAUCUUUUAUCGAUAAAAAUAUUAUUCAAUUGAAGGAAGUCUAUGAAGUUUCUCGAGAACUGGUUCAACUUUUUGGUCAAAUCAAAUACAUGAGACCUGUAUUAGAAUCAAUUUUUCAUCGGAUGCUACUCUACCCAUUGAUACACUUUCGUUUAGAGGCUCUUCAAUCCGUGAAAGAGUUGUUUAAAGACGCUCAGUGCACUAUUAAAUUGUGUACCACCAUCAAAUCACAAAACCAGUUGUCAUGUACUAAUCAAGAUUUAAAUUUGAUUAAGAUAAUUAUUGAUUCACUUCAUGAAUGUAGUUCAACCAAUGACCAAGAAAUUGCCUUUCAAAGUGUCUAUUGUAUUAUGGCAUUAAUCGAAACAUUGGACUUUAUCGCUUCUGGGAAGAGUUUAGCAUUUCAAGAGUAUUCUAGUGUUAUAGAAUCGGAAGAGACCACUGAUGAUCCUUCUGAUCAUGAUGAUAUUACUAAAUCAUCAACAAGCUCAAAUUUUACCAAUCAGCACAAACUAAUGCAAGACGAUUUACAAGAAGAUUACGAUAAACUAGAAAUGACUACAUUCAAAAAUAAACUGAAGGAAAUCAUGGGCCAUUCUCAAGAUGAAGUUCAGAGUGAUGGUCAACUCGAUGAUUAUGAAGCAGAUGAAGAUGAAACAGCUUCCGAUGAAAUUUUUGUUACCGACGAAGGUGCCUCUUUAAAACAAUCUAUUAGUUCACUUGGUUCUCAAUGUGCCCUUGAUGAGCCCAACUGUGAUGAAGACGCUAAUGAUGAAAUCUCAAUCAUUGAGAACAAGAACCUUGACAAUGUUUUUGAUGGUAAUAAUGAAGAUGAUCAGGAUUAUGAACUUUCUAAAUAUCGAAGCAAGAUUAUUUCGGAAGUGAGAGAAGAGAAUGAACGCCAUCAAACCAUCUUAAACUGUCACGAUUUACUUAGCAAUCAAGAGCGUGAAAACGCCCGUGAUAUAAUUAAAGAUUUGACUCAAAUUUUACCCGAAUUAUUGGCAAUGAAAAAUAGUAUUCAAAUUGACAAUGCACUGCAAAAAUUUUCUUCCAAUUUCUGUAAAGCUGUCUGGGAAAAACGUAAGACAAUCAUCGAAUCAUCAAGUGAUCCCUUAAUAAUAAAUGGAGACGGCGUUUACUUAGCUGUUUACUCUGCUCUAUCCCUUAACCUGAAAUUGAUAAAAGAAGACUAUUACAAUGAAUCGAAGCAAAUUAAUCCACCGAUUACUGAACAGGAAUUUAUUGAUGAUAUUUAUAAUAGUGGAGUCUUGGUCUAUCUAUCAUCAACUUGGCUAGCCGAACUAUAUCAGCAGAUAUUAGCUAACAAUCUUUUAGGUGACUCUGGAUACAUGUAUUCAUCAUCUAAUAAUACUGCUCUAAUUAACAUGAUAAGAGAUAUUGAUGGUGAUAGUGAUACUCCUGGUAGCUAUGAACUUUCGGAUUAUCGCAAAUUGACGCAAACUAGUUUACAGCUCACAAAUCCAGUGAAUGAUGGUCAAAAUGUUGGUCGAAUAAUUGCAAGACGUGUUCUUGAUACAUUUUGGGAUUCAAUCAUUUCAAUUAUGGAAUCAAUUUUUACCAGUGAUGCCAACUCUUCAAAUCAAUCUCCUUUUCUUCUGAUUUUAAAUCAUGGUUCUGAGAAAGACAAUACUGAGAGAAGGAGCAUCUUGAUCAACUGUCUAGCCACUCUACAAACGGCUUCAAAACUUUGCAUAGCUUUAGGCCUUCAAUCUCGGUGCAAUGGUAUUUUUCAUUUAUUAUCUCGCUCUAUUCUAGUCAGUCCAUUAUCGAAAAUUGAUAAAGAAAAUGACAUUUGGAUCGAAAAUAAAGGCGCAAAAUCAAAUCAAUCGAAAAAGACUCCAAUCUCUCUACAUGUUUCUCAGGUAUUGAGUCUGCGAUCAAUGUUGACUGCUGGAUUACAAAUCGCAACUCACUGUGAACCUUGUUGGGACUAUAUGUUUCAAAGUUGUACCUUUAUAAGUGAAUUAGAGAAUGAAUAUUUCUCUUCCAGAACCAAGAAACCACUUAAAAGCAGACUUAGCUCUCUUCUUCGUUCAAGAAAACAAUCAAAUGACCCGCUACCUGAAUUCAGCCAGAUUGAAGUAUCUUCAAAUUUUCUUGGAUUGGAAACUGAGUCAGAUGUUAACAAAUGUUUGGAACAAUGUAUCAAUGCCGUUAUAAACGAAAAGAAUGGAAGAAAGGGCGAUGGAAUUUUGGUGGAUUCUUUGUUGGAACGAUCACUCGAAUGCUUGUCUCACCUCUCGGACCGUCUUUUUACUGAAGCAACUUCUCGGCUUAACCUCAAAUCUCUUCUUGCUUUCCUUGAAGCUCUCAUUUCAAACUCUAGUCGUCAGAUUAAUGCACUUUCCAAAAAAGCAAAAAACAAAUCUCCAUGUACUUUAUUGUUCGCUCGUUUCUGUGAUGUCCUUUUACGAAUUGGUAAAUCCGGCCGGCCACUUAUUCAUUUCAUGAGAUGUUGGGCACUUGCGGUUCCUCACUUGAUUGAAGCUUCCAAUUGUCAAAGAUUUGACAUUACUAUCUGUAAAUCAGCUGUAUCAGCAGUUAAUGAUAUUAUUUCAACCAUUUUGGCUAUUCACACUGAAUUAGAUUACUUCCAUUUCAACGAGGCUCUCUUCAUUCCAUACGAAAAGAUUUUACUUUUAGAGUUAUGUGAUUCCGAUAUUCAAGAGAUGAUAGUCAGUUCAAUUUGUGGUUUUGUUGAAGGAUCCAGAGAAGAUGUCAGAUCAGGAUGGCGCUCAUUAUUUGCAGCUUUGCGAGGAGUUGUGCUUCCUGAAUCUGGAUUUGCCAUCAAUUCUCAACAAAACUCUGUUAAUGAUUUAUCCGAGCGUCAGAUUGAACGAGUCAGACAAUUACGAGUAAUUCUGGAUAUCUUUGAAGCUUUCUUGAAUACACAAAAUUUGGAUAUUUUUGCCAAUGCUGCUCUUGAUUGUAUCAUUUGUCUUCUUGGUUUGAUGAAAGAUCCACUGGCCGAAGAAACUAAUCUUGGUGAAAAUGAACUGAUCUCUAUUUCUAAUGAAACAAAUUCUGCGAUUGAAAGAGAAAACUCAGUCAAUGAAAAUAAUGUCGACCUUUGUCUUCUUUCCCUCAAAUAUCUUCAUCAAUUUGAAUCAAUGCUUCGAUCAAUGUACAAAAUGCCUGGUUGUCCGUUCUUUAUCUCUUCUAGACGAAUCACUUUAUGUGAAGAAUCAAAAACCAUUGAAAUACCCGAAAAUUGGUCUUCUGAAUUGUCUCCAAUCAACCUUGAUAUUCCUAUUAAAUUGUCAUCUUUUGACAAACCAUCGAGAAUCCUCAAUGUUUGGUUCACCUUGGUGGAUGGAAUAUUUAAUUGUAUAAAUAGAUGUCCAAAAAUAAGACAAUCCAAAACAAUUGAGACUUGCAUGGCGAUUCUUGGUACACUAAGAAGUAACCCAGGCAAUCAAUUUGCCAUUUAUUGUAUAAAUCACGUCGCACUUCCAUUCCUUCAACGAUGGAUUCGAGAAAUCAACAAUCAACUGUCAUUUAUAUCCAGCUUACCGUCGCCGUUGAUGACAAAUUUCAAACAUUUUUUCGGCUUAAUCUCACAUUUUGUAGUUCAACAUGUCAAGCUGUGGUCUGAAGAUAAAUCAAUUCUUGGAGUUGAUUUAAUGCUCUCACAAACUGUAAUUAUUUUGAUUGAAGCCACUCAAUCAUCAUACAAAGAAGCUAUAUCUAAUCUAAGCUUCUCUUGUUUCAGCCAUGUUAUUAUGGAAACCUAUCAAUAUUAUGAUGACAGUAAAUGGGAUAUCAUUUCUACUGCAUUUCGUUUGAUGCACAAAACCUGUUUAACAUCUUUGAUUAAGCUAAUCAAUGCAUUUCCGAAUCGAACUUUGGAUUUUUAUCAAGAUUUGGAGCGUAUAAGAGUUGUUGCACGGCGAGUCCAAAUUGUACCAAAGGCUGAUCUCAUAACAAAAAAGCUUGCUCAGCAAAUCUUCUUAUUAGAUUUUCAAACGCCAAAAGAAUCUGAUGAAGAAAUUGAUGAAAACUUUUCUGAAACAGAAAAAUGUUUCGUUUUUGAGAUUAUAACUGAUGAAAAUAAUGAACUUGAGAUUCCAUUUCGAAGCUUGAUUCGAGAAAUUUACAAACAUUCCUCUCUGGUUAAAUUGAUUGAAUCCAUUGUUUUAACUGACAGACCUUUCAGAAUUUCUCCAGUCUCUUAUUUUAUUGAAGCCAAUGACAAUUAUAUUUGUACCAAUGAAUCGACAUCAAUCAGCCAAUCUUUCAUUUUUCAAUCAUUGGAUCUUCUAAUGGAAUCCUAUCGUAAUUUCCACGAAUUUGAUACCAGAUUGGGUUUAAAAUUGGUUAUUCAAAAAAUGGCUCGCAUUCAUGUUCCUGCUAAUCUGUACAAACAAACGGCAUCUUGUUUUGCUUCAUCAUUCCUUAUCUGCUUCAAUUCAGUUAUUUUAGGCCAUGAAAAUGGGCCUGAAGAAAUUUCGAGAUCUGGAUCGCUUUUGAGAAAAAUAUUUGAAAAAAUGUGUGGAAAUUAUACAGAUUUAAUUGUUCAAUGUCAACAAGAAAAUGGUAAAUUGGAUCAAUUGAUGUCUAAUCCCGUGUUUUUGUUUCCCGAAUCUUUGAACGAGUCCAGUGAAUCAAAUGAUGAUAAAGUUGACAUUAAAGAUGAAUCCAAUGAUUUUGAGAUUGGAUCAGUUGACUCCUUCGACCAGGAAUCUAAGCAUGAUAAUUCAAAGGAAACUAAAAAAUAUAUCGUCAUGAGCAAGAAUCGUAUUGACAAUGUGAUGAAAAAUUAUCGUAAAUGGAAGUCUCAACAUUCACCUCUUCCACCAUCAUUCAAUGAUUCAUGGAAUCAAAAAAAUCAACUUCCAAAACGUUACCGUGGUAAUUUGGAUCUAACCAAUGGUUCGGAAAAGGAUCAAGAAUAUCUUGUGAAAGAUACUGAUGCCUAUGAGACUCUUUUUUCCCAAAUUUUAAUCUCAAUAUUUGAAUGUAUGUUGACCCUUCCCGAUUCCCAAUUUGACCUCAUUAUGCCCUUUCUCAAUGAAGGCAUUGAAAAUUUAAUUAUUUACGCUCAGUCUAAAGAUUUAAGGUCUGUCCUUGCAUUACUUUACCGUCGAUACGCACAACGAAGGUAACAGUAAUUUAUCCAACAAUCAAUUCCAUAACUAUCUCAUUCCUCAUAUUUUAAUUAAAAUGUUGUUUAUUGUCAUGUUGAA